AGCGCUGAAUCAUCAUCUCUACCGUGACGAUGGGUGGCCAUUGUUGUUCAACAUCGCUCAAGCGUUUCACAUAGCCAGCUUGAAGUCAUGUCUGGUUCUCUCAUCGGAAGAUAUGAGCACCUUCCCAACCGUCCUCGAUCUGAUGAAGCGAGGCCGUUGCUGGAGAAGAUUGCCAGUCAGGUUAAGCCUAUCAUGUCGAAGCGAGAUUGGAAAGUCGGAACACUGGCAGAGGUGAGGCUUUUUGUGAGGCUCUUGCCUGACGUCAAGUUCCUCCCAUCCAACCCUUCGCUUCUUGGCAACAAUAUGAAUGCCGGUCAACGGAUCAAUCUCCGAUUGAGACCGCCUGGAAACACCUCGACGUUCUACGAGUAUGAUCAACUGGUCUUAGUAAUGCUCCAUGAGCUCACACAUAUUCAACAUGGACCUCACGAUGCUUCCUUUUACAAACUGCUGGCUGAGAUCGAGGAGGAAUUCUACGAACUCAAGCGAAAAGGGUACUCUGGAGAGGGCUUCCACGGCAACGGCAAUCACUUGUCCGGUCUCAAGGUCCCAGAACACAUGGGCAAGGCUCGUGGUCUCGCAGCUGCUCAGAAACGACUCGAUACACAGAGAAAAAUGGGCAAGGGUGGUGUCUUGGGUGGCGCAAGUGUGGCGGGAAAGAGCAUGAAAGAGGUCCUGGCAGAGGCGGCGGAAAGACGUAUGCGCGACGACAAGGCUUGUCAUCCGUCAGACGAAGGACACGCUAAAGAGGUCGAAGAAGAGGUCCGAAAAGCUCAACAAGAAAGCGUCGGAAUAGACGCGGUGGACCUUACAGGAGACGAUGACGACGAUGACGAACCGGUCAUCGUCACGCCAACGCCAUUAUCUCGCCCCGUGGCUGCUGUGAAAUCGUCAGGGUCGGCGGACUCGCAGACGAUUCAGCGCAAUCAACGUGUGAAGCUCAAGCAGAGCUCUCCUACCGCCGAGUGGCCCUGUCCGACUUGCACUUUAAUCAACUCUAACUCCGUAUCAUCCUGCGAGGCUUGUGCCUCUCCUCGACCCCGGCCAACCGACGGCACGACUUGGCACUGCGAUUUCUGCGGUGCUGGUCCUCGCGAGAUGAGUUUUUGGAGCUGCAUAGAGUGUGGAUGGGUCAGGAAUUGGGGAUGAAUUUGUAGCCAUCAGUCGAUCUGUUGUGUCAUUAUACGCAUGUAGGCGGUUUUAGACGGUUAUAGCUCGGGAUACGUGAUACCGGGUAGAGCCGAAGGGUUUCCGACCCGACUGGUAUCGAUAAGGUCUUCUUAUUCUUGUAAUACUUUCUUCGCAUCAUUGUAUCCCGAUAUGGCAGAACGCAUCCCAACAGAAGACUUUGACAGAGAGCUGCUGCCCUUCCUGACAGGUAUCCUCUGCAGCAUUAGGCGCUAAAGUAUUGUCCUGCUCAGACGA